UUAAAAUUGUCAUUGGUUCAUUUUUAUAAGUUUUGUAGUUGGUUCAUUUAAAUUGACUCUGUAAAUUAUGGAAGUGUUGCUCGUUAAAUGUGUUAAUAAUGGUAGUAUUGAACGUUAAUUGUCUCAAUUAUGACAGUAUUGAACGCUGAUUUGUUAAUUAUGGUAGUUUCACACGUUGAAAUUCGCCACUAACAUGGACAGAGAGACGGGGAAUCAAAGCUCCUCGUCACACAGGAGGACGCAGAAACUGAAAUCUGCCGUUGAAUCCUUUAUUCCGAAGACAGCGUCUAAUGAGGAUAAAAUCGUUGGAGGUACGACCAGGCAAUUAUCAUGGCCAUUAAUGAGAAAAAACACGCGGUUCGGAAAUGAAAGGCUGCCAGAGACGCCGAUAAGAGACCCGCGAAUGUUAAAGAAAAAAACACCGGUAGGGCAGCGGUCGACUACAAACUCCUCUUCUCAAACAGACGACGGCACCAACUGCGUAAAUACUCGGGAUGAGGCAAAAAUAUCUGCAGAUCUUGAAUGCAAUUUCCAACAAAGUCUGCUGGAGUUCCGAGAAAAUACAAGGCGCAUCGACGAAAAAGUUGAUAAGAUUUCACAAGAUUUCGACAAAAUGUGUGAUCGAGUUUCACAAAUCCAAAGUGACAUGUCUGAGGUACUGCGACUGCUCAGAACUGGAAAAGAUUUACCUAGUGAAGGGAAUUCUUCACGCACACCAAUGAACCGUGAAGGAUUCAAACAAAACACCAAUCAUUUGAAUAAUUCACACAAUGAAAUACCAAAAAUAGAACUACCCCUUGAAAAUAUAAAAUCUGAUACCCAGGUCACGAUUGAUAACAAAAUAAAGGACUUGAAUAUUGAAGAAGAUCGGGUACAAGAUUGCCUCGUGGGAGCGAAAGUUUUUCCAAGCGUUAAAUGUACAACGUGUUUCCGAUUUGCUGCAGAAUGUUCCUGUCGUCAUUUAUCUGCACCCUUAACGGAAGCCUCGCGUGAAAAAGGGUCGAAGAUAUCUAAAAUCACAAAUGAAAAAACUGAGGUAACUUCUCCAUCCGAUCCUAUCUUGAAUAUAUUUAGUUCUCUUGAACUGAACUCGCAAAACGAUCGUAUAUCGGUUGAUGACACAAUUUCACCCCCUUCCAAAGAUGGUCCAACUUUAUCGACAAACAAUGCUAAUCGGUUGCGUUUGACUCAUCCCUACGUUGCCCAAGAAGAAAGAGUACUCAAUCAGUCUUCUCUCGGCAGCAUCUCGUCUGUUGCAGCUGAGCUCCCAUCAAAUGGCCAUAUUCCAGACCAAGCUAUCACCAAAAAUGUGCUGAACCAAUCAAUUACAAACGUCCCUUCAUUUCAAAUUGAUUCUCAAGCUUCACCCAAGCAUCACCUAUCUUCUACUGUUCAAUGGACAAAACUGGGUUCCAGUUGUGUUGAUGAUAGUGCUUCAGGCGGAAAAUCAGAGAAGUCUGUAACUGAAAAGCCUGCAACCGUUCCUAGUGAUGAUUUGUCUUGCUCGUCUGAGAUACUUCCUAUGAGUUUGCUACCUCCAGAGGAAGUACAUCGUUACCGGAAUGCUGUUCUCAUACAGAAACUCAUUCCUGAGUCUCUUCAGACUCUUCUGAGUUGGUUGAGUGAAGAUAAAGUGGAAUCUAAAUCUUACUUUUGGUACAUCAAGUACAAAACCAGACUUUCAGAAAAAGAAUUGAAAGAAAAAUACUAUUUCACUUCUUCAGAAAUAAAAUUAUUGAAAGAAGACGACGCAUCGGCUUUUGAUGUAACUUUACUGAUCAAGUUGAUUAAAAUGUUUGCUGGUAUCGCAGACUGCCCUCACGAAAAUCCUUGUGACCAUGAUGACACCAAAGCAGAAUGUCUUUUGUGGAAAUUGAGAAAUCAUAGAAACCUAAUUAGUCAUAAAAUUAAGACAUCAUCCACAAGUGAACAUGUUUUCACGACAGCAAAAGACACGAUGAUCAAGCUUUUUUCGGUCCUAGAUUUGGAAAAAGUAAAGAUCGGAAAAGAAGCAGUGGAUCAACAUAUACAAAAAAUCCAACAAUCAUUCAAAAAUGUUGGCAACACUGAUUAUGAACGACAGUGUAUGGAGCAACAGUUUGUGUUCAAAACAGAAGCACUGAAGGAAAGCCAGUCAUACUGGCGCCAGUACGGUACGUCAGAAGCUGUUCCGUUCACUGGCAACGUAGUAAAUUCUGGAAAAGUUUAUCAUCCAAUGGAGUUGUUCGUAAAGGAAAAAUUGCUGUCGGAUGGUGGAGUAACGGAGAAGAUCUCUUACAGACACAUUUUAAAGCGAACAAAUGAAGAUGGCAGGAAAGCAACAGUUCUCGUUGGUGAAGCUGGUUCAGGGAAAACUACUGUUGUCAAAAACAUUGUGUUGCAAUUUCUUGGCAUAAUCCCAGUGGAAGUUGAGUUUCUCAAAGAAAUCCAUUUACUCCUGUUCCUGGAAUGUCGCGACCGAACCACAACGUCUCUUGAAAAUGCUGUAAAAAAUAAUUUUCCACAAGCUUUUCGCAAAAUUUCGUUAUCCCUAAACAGUUUUUGCUCCCUUGGUAACAUCGUCAUAAUCGAUGGAUAUGAUGAAGUAAAUGAGUCGUCGUCGAAUGUUAUUAAUCAAAUUUUGCGCCAGAUGAAGAGCAUGAUCUCGUGUCAUAUUCUUCUCACAACUCGACCCCACAGAGCUGAUCAGUUAAAAAAUUUGCUAAAUUCAUCUGGAAUUCAGUUUACCACUUUUGAACUCGUUCCGUUGUCGGAGGAAGAGGAUCAACUUGAAUUUCUUCAAAGAUACGAAGAGAACUCAUCUCCCGAAGCUCCUUCUUCACUAGGAAUGACAUUGUCUUUCAAAAGCUUACUCCCAGAAGUAAAACAAUUUUUUGUGUAUCCUAUAAAUCUUGUACUGUUCUACUUUCUGUAUACCUAUUCGCCUGAGACCAUUGAAAGUUGGGAAACUUCGAAUGAUGUCAUCGAGCAGAUGCUAAUCUUAUACGAAAAGUUUAUUGCAAAAAAGCUUCUGGAGCGACAUUUCGUUAACCUCGAGUGCUUUAUCCAAGAAGCUCUUGGGGAAAUUUACCAAUUUGCAUUCGACUGCAUUUCAGCCGAUAAAGUCAUGCUGUCAGCUGAGGACAUGCGACCUGUACAGCGUUGUCUGGAAACGAAAUUCCGGGAGUGGAAACUUCUUAACAAGUUGGACGUUAGUGUCGUCACCUCAGUUGUGUUCCUGACGAAAACAGUUCCAAACCCAGCGUGCCCAGUCGUCUACCAGUUUUAUCAUAAAAGCAUCCAAGAAAUCAUGGCUGCUAGAACUUUUGUGAGACUCAUGAAAAAAGAAGUGCAUGUUAAACUCGUUGACUUGCUUGCAUUUCCUGGUCCAACAAAGGAAAAGAAUCGUGAAAAUCCUAUUGACAGGUACAACAAUGUUCUGCUCUUCGUUCUAUCACAUCUCGCUCAGCCUUCCAACUGCGACACUUUAGCGGCCAGAAGCGAAGAGCUUGAGCGCCUUCUUGAGCAGAAAGGCGUGGACAUGUCAUUUUUUUCGGAAGUCGUUCUCACUAAACCAAAAAAUGAAAUCCUCAUUAAAAUGGGAGUUUCUUUGGUGAAGAAGUUCAAACCAAGCAUGAUCUCCUGCAAACGCGAAUAUCAAGCAAUGCGGGCCAUCAUGGAUUAUUACCAUCCUAAACUUUUGGCAAUCCGCCACAACGAUGAGCAACUGCCGCCUCCACUUACAGAUCUUCUUCAUCUCGCUACAAAUACUUUCUUGGGACAACUUGAACUCAUUAUGGUGUUCAGCUACUGGAGAUUCCAGCCACUGGACUCUCUUGUCAAAGAAAUUUUACCUUCGAGGUUCACCCUAGGCCAUUUUUCUGGAUGCUUGGCGACGGUCGAAGGCAUGCAGGCGCUGUCGACGCUACUGAAUCUCUGCGGCGAGCCACCAGUCGUGGCCAUUAGCGUCCCUGAUCCAUACCACAACGGAUUGCACCUGCUGCCGAUGCUCAAAUCAACUUCAAGUAUCAGAUUCCCGUACAAAGACUUUCCAGACGGUGUUGUUCCCCGGGGUACGCCAAUGAAGGAGCCUACAGUACAUGUUGCUGACACUGGAAAAGCCAAGGACUUAUUCAACCUUUUAAUGUUGGUGGCUCCAAAGAAUAAGAGAUUUCGUCGCAUCAUCCUGGAAAGAUGUACGUGCAGCGUAGGUUUCCUGGAGAAAGUAACGAGGUCGUUGAAGGAAGAAGGAGUCGUCACAACACUGGCCUUCAAAACCGAAGUACAGAAGAUGAGCUUCAUGUAUGGAUGGUGUGAAGGAUGCAGUCAUCGCGAGCACGCGCCUAUGGAAACAUGCAUGGAGCUACUCAUCAAAUAAACUAGACGAAUAAUGCAGUAAAUAAAACUGUAGCUUUAUGUAACUAAUUCAAUUCGUACUUUAUCGACCACACGCGAUGCCUACGAAGUCCGAUCUGAGAAGAACAACAACAAGGUAGUUCUUCCUUGCAUUUACUCAGUCCCCUGUAAAGGUAUAGGUACUGUAAGUACUAGAAUUGAAAAAAAAGUCCCAAUAGGUAUUCUCUCAUUUGCAACGUUUUGUUAUUGUUAACGCUACUCAUACUGAAGUACAAAUGUGCUAACAUAGAUGUACAAUCCAUAUACAUGUUUCAGAAAGUGGCACUUAAAAAUUUUGAAAAUGUGGCACUUAAUCCUGCUUUGGAACUGAUGUCUAUUCAAGCACCAAUUAAGCUGAUGCCUAUUCACUCAUUGGUGUUUACUAAUUGGGACAAAAUUACUGAAUGAUUAUAAUGUAAUCGAGGUACCAAUUUUAUAGCCUUAAUUGAGCGCACUAACACUAAUGAGAAAUUAAAAUAUUUCAAUAGGAAACUAAUAACUUUUAAGACUUUUAAAUAUUGGACAUGUCAAAUUAUGUAAUCCAGGAGUCCGGUUCCUUCAUAAUUUUCCCAUUCUUCAGCGGGGUCGCGACGGAGCAUUUCUUCAGCUGAGUUUAUUGAGAUAUUCACUUCGUUUAGUUUUUAAUUAAGCUGUUUUGUUGAGCUGUGUGGCUAAGUUGUGCAGUUUACAGUGCAAUACAGUGUGGUACUGUAGUGUUGCGUAGUUAAAACCGAAUUACAAUUUAUGAGUACAAUUUGGUGUCCAUUUGACUUAACGAAUUUUUGGUUCACUGCAUUUCAUUGAUUCGUUGAACUUAUUAUACCGCGUAACGAUUAGUACGAUAGUUAGAAAAACGUUGUUUCAGGAUUGUCAAACAAAAGCUUCCUACAAAAUUUAUUAACAAAAGUGUCUGUGAAGAAUAGUAACACUUUUAUGAACUUAUUCUAUUUUAAUCGAGUUUAGUCGCGUCAGAUUAAAUAAAUUAAACGAGUCUGUGUUUAAUUAACCACAUAGUAUGGCUCGUUGACGAGCAAACGUCGCACGUCAUCAAAUUCCUUAAAGAUUCCCUCGUAAAAUUCCCAGGCCUAGCAAAAUGUACAGCGAAAUGAAUCACAUAAA